UAAAAGUGAGAGAAGAAAAAUACAUGUUUCUCUGAUUUGUUAUUAUUCAUCUUUCACAAUUGAAUAAAUAAUUGUGUGAAUUAUUUUUACCAAGAUUUCAAAUUUUGUUUGUCACUCCAUCCUCCCAAUCGCUGGGCAAAAGCGGUAUAAAUUACAGAACGAUGUGGCUAAAAUUCUUUCAAGAUGCCAGAAUUCCUCCCCACAUUGCGACAAAGUACGCCCUAACUUUUGACGAGCACAGGAUGAGGAUGGAUAUGUUGUUGGAUUUAAACAAGGAGUGUUUACGAGACCUUGGCGUCGUUGCGAUGGGAGAUAUCAUCUCGAUUUUGAGGCAUGCGAAGGAAGUUGGGGAGAAGACAAAAUACGACUGCUACGAGGCGGAAAGACGGAAUGAUGCUUCCGGUUUAUCCAGCAAUCCGCCGGCGUGUCUUCCACCUACGGCUGAAAUUGAUGGUUACAUGGCGAUUAAUGCGCCGCCGCAACCAGGGAGCAGGAAUUGUAGUGUGACCACUCAGAACAUCCCUCUACCAAGUAUUGGUUUGGGUUUAACUUCUAUUUUGGAGGAAGGCCGUAUAAACGAGACGGCUGUAUUGGAUUGUCCCAUGGGUGAAGUUUCGCCGAUGAUGGACCCACAGAAGUUGGGAGAUGACCUUUCUCCUAAAGUCAAAGAUAGUACAAAAGAAGCAAGAUGGACCUCAACUUAUAGCCACGUUAUGGAUCUUGAACAUUCUCAUGGAUGUCGAGAUGCCAUUUGUCAACAGCGGAAUUGCCAUAAAUUUAAGCGAAUUGUUAACCAUGCUAAGACAUGCCCGCGAAGGGUCAUUGGUGGUUGCGCUGUUUGCAAACAGCUAAUUGCUCUUUGCUGCCUUCAUGCUAAGAAAUGCUUGAAACCUGGGUGCGCGGUGCCCUACUGUGCCAACAUUAAGAACAAACUGAAACAACAACGACUCCAGCAAAUCGACAAGUAAAGCAAGGAUAUUUGAAGUUCAACAUUAUUAAAGAGAGAAUUUCUGAAAUUCUUAAGACUGAAAAUUAAAAUUCGGUACAUAUGUAUUCUAGAAGCUUACAAUGCUCUCGUUUUUGUAAAUGUCCAAAUUAUGUAUUCAGAUUUAGUAGUCUGUCCAGAGGCAAUUUCGUAAUUAAUUUAUUAUGUCGGACAAUCUGAUUCCAACUACGGUAAAAUUUAGAUUGGUUAGAUGUACUACGCUACUUAUGUUCGGAUGAGGCAUUUGAAUAAUAGUUAUUAGUUUACGCAAAAAUUCUGUCAAGUUUUGUAUGAUAAAUAGUCGAGUUUUUCUUAAUUAGUGUGCAUGCAACUUAGUAAAUUUUAAGCAAAAAUUUCCUCCUUAAUAAUUAAAUA